AUUGCUGCCUCGUAUUACUUGGCAGUAAAAAGUAAAAGGGACGCGGUGGCUCAGGGCUAAGACAGCUGAGCUUGUGGAUCGAAAGGUCGGCAGCUUGGCGGUUCGAAUCCCUAUUGUAACGGGGUGAGCUCCCGUUACUUAUCCCAGCUUCUGCCAACCUAGCGGUUUCGAAAGCACGUAAAAAUGCAAGUAGAAAAAAUAGGGACGUCUUUUGGUGGGAAGGUAACAGCGUUCAGUGCGCCUUUGGCGUUGAGUCAUGCCGGCCACAUGACCACGGAGACAUCUUCGGACGGCGCUGGCUUUUCGGCUUUGAAACGAAGAUGAGCACCGCCCCCUAGAGUCGGCAACGACUACCACGUAUGUGCGAGGGGAACCUUUACCUUUAUUAUUUGGCAGAGGAAGCCGGACGACGUUGUAGCUUAGCUGUACAGCUCUCCAAGGUACGUGAGAGUGUCCUCAUCAUCUCUACUGAUCCUGCUCAUAACAUCUCAGAUGCGUUUGACCAGAAAUUUUCCAAGGUUCCCACCAAAGUAAAGGGUUAUGAUAAUCUUUUUGCCAUGGAGAUUGAUCCUAGCUUGGGUGUGGCUGAGCUUCCCGAUGAAUUUUUUGAGGAAGAUAAUAUGCUAAGUAUGGGCAAGAAGAUGAUGCAAGAGGCCAUGAGUGCCUUUCCUGGUAUCGAUGAAGCAAUGAGUUACGCUGAAGUGAUGAGGUUGGUGAAAGGAAUGAAUUUUUCCGUGGUGGUGUUCGACACAGCACCCACAGGACACACAUUACGGCUGCUCAAUUUCCCCACAAUCGUGGAGCGGGGACUAGGUCGACUGAUGCAAAUAAAGAACCAAAUCAGUCCCUUCAUAUCCCAGAUGUGUAACAUGCUUGGCCUAGGAGACAUGAAUGCUGACCAGCUGGCUUCCAAACUGGAAGAAACACUUCCUGUUAUCCGCUCUGUCAGUGAACAGUUCAAAGAUCCAGAACAAACCACUUUCAUCUGUGUUUGCAUUGCGGAGUUCCUAUCGCUGUAUGAAACAGAACGGCUUAUCCAGGAGUUGGCCAAAUGCAAAAUUGACACCCAUAAUAUCAUAGUCAAUCAAUUGGUCUUUCCUGACCCUGACAAGCCUUGCAAGAUGUGUGAGGCUCGGCAUAAAAUCCAGUCUAAAUACCUUGACCAGAUGGAAGACCUUUAUGAAGACUUUCAUAUUGUAAAGUUGCCACUUUUACCCCAUGAAGUGCGAGGAGCUGAUAAAGUGAAUACCUUUUCAAGUCUUCUACUGGAGCCCUAUAAACCACCCAGUGCAAAAUGAACCCCUAUGGACUGACUCCCCCUAAUUGCCUCCUCUACCAUUCCAUGCCUGCUCUUCCCUAUUCUUUUCCUGAUGGAAUUCCAUCUUUUCCAUUGACUUCUCAUCUGUUGAAAUCGUACGACUGACAGUUUUGUGGUGAAGCUAGAAGAAGCAGAAUUGGCACUUUCACGUAACUUCUGGUCUAAUACACUGAUUAUGUAACUCCUUGGGACACCUCAAAGCCAACUACAAUGUUGAAUCCAUUCCCUUCCUGGACCAACUACCUAAGUUAAAUGUGUGUCAGUUUUUUGUUUAUUUCUCUGUCACUUGAUUUCUCUUUGGAUCAUGUCUCCUGGGAUUAAUGAUAUUCUGAUUGAGGUGCCAGUCAGGUGCUAUGAUGAUGAUACAGAAGCUGUCAGUUCAUUUACAACAUCAGGGUCAUCAGUGCUGAUGGGAAGUUUGUAAAUAAAUUGUAAGGGAAAUAAUAUCAAUGCUUCUUGUCACUCAAACUGUCUGAUUUUCAUUGGGUAGUGUCGAAAGAACUGGAGGCAAAGCAUGGAACUUAUUUGAGGGGGAUGCUUGUUUUAGGGGAGUAUAAAGCCACUGAGCUUAAAUUAUUUGUUUCCUUAAAGUUAACAGAAGUAUUAACGAUGAGGUGGUUUUAUUGGCUUUCUGAUGCUGGAAAUCGUAAGUGGAAAAUGGUUUUAAAAAUGGGGAAGGGAAUAGAGAGUUUGGAGUUUAACAAAUUAUAGGUGUUUAAAAUAUUUGGGUAUAUGUACAGGUCAUUUUCUAGUCCCCAGUUCCCUCACUCAAAAGAAAACUCUUGGUAUUAAAAUGUCAUUGUAUGCACUAUUUAUGAAGUUUAUAUGUGUUUGUGUGCUGGAAUAUAAAAGGAAAGAGUGUAAAUUGGAACAAAGCAGUUCAUGAUCGAGCUGGACUUAUUGCUAUUAGUUAUAAUUGAGCUCUUCCAGAGUUCAGAAGUGUUCUAAUAUUGUAUUUAUGGAAUAAUUUAAUUCUAAGAAAAUUAGAAGGGAAAUUACCAUGUCACUUUUGAAUCUUUCACUGGGUACAAUAUAAAACUUGGAUGGGGGAGGGAGGGAAGGAGGGCUAGAUAUUAGUAGUUCAUGGCUUUAAUCGGCUAUUUUAAUACUUUGAAAGCACAUCCCUUCACUUGGACAUUAGGGAUGUGGUCUUGAUGAUGAGUUGCCAGUAUAGAUAGUUCUCAACUUACAACAAUGCAUUUAGACCUUUUGAAGUUACAAUGGCACUGAUAAGUGACAUGACCUUUUCUCACAUUUAUGACCAUUGCAGUAUCUCCAUGGUCACGUGAUUUAUAUUUGGAUGUUUGACAACUGGUUCAUAUUUAUGACGGUUGCAGUGUCCCGGGGACAUGCGACUUUCUGACAAAGUCAAUGGGGAAGCAAGAGUCACUUAACAGCCGUGUUAUUAAUUUAACAACUGCAGUGAUUCACUUAACAAAUGCAACAAGAAAAGUCAUAAAAUGGGGCAAAACUCUCUUAACAAAUUUCUGAAUUAGCAACAUAAAUUCUGAGCACAAUUGUAAUUAUAAGUCGAGGACUACCUGUACUUUGCAACUCUGAAUCCUAUGGAAAUUUCCUUUUGUAAAAUAAAGUAGGUUCUUUUGAAGACUUCAUUCAUUUGUAGACAAAGAAGCCUGUGUGUUUGCUCCCACAGUACAGCUGAUUUUCAAAAGACAUGCAAUUUAUGAACUUAGAUCAGAUCUUUAAGUAUGUGGUAUUUUCUUUGAUAAUAGGCUUCACCUUUUGAAAGCAAGGAAUUAUGGAAUCUUUUUCUGGCUUUUUAAAGAAGAAUGGGUAAAUUAAUGUGAAAAUGUGUGUGGCAAAAGUCUGAAUUUUCUCACUGAAAAAGACUGCAUCCACGUCUCUUUCUGUGGCAGAAACAAAAGUGAUGGUACUUUUAUUUUUAAGUUGCAGGCUUUAAAUGUAUAUAAAACGCGGUACAACAAAUGGACGGAUAAGUAGUACUUCAGGAGAAGAUAUCUGUUGAAUAACAUUACUAACUUCAGUCAAUAGAUAGAGACAGGUCAAACUACUGUAAUUUUAAAAGCCUUCCUAAUAAAUCUUUCUUUUCUCUCUCCUUUAACAGUUUUAUAAUGUUAUUUUGAAAAAAAAAUGAAUCUUGAGCAAUGUGUGUGCUCAAAUCUGCAUCAGAAAGGUUUUUUAGACGUAAUGCAGCUUUGAAAAGCAUUGCCAGAAGUGUGUCAACUGCAAUUUGUUGUAUAUAAACAUUUUUCUGAUGGGAAGAAAUAAUUGCUUUUUCGUGGACCAAAAUUCAGAGGUUUUUUUGGGCGGGGGGUGGACCAAGGCUUUGAAGUUCCAAAAUUCUCUCCCUGGCAUUCCUACUUAGAAGAAUUAAAUAGAUGGUGAAUGAAAGACCUCUUGAGACCUUGUCAAAUGGAAGUUAAUAGUUUUCAUUCCAACGAGCUGAAAGUCUGGUUUGGGCGAAGGCAAGCCAGACUUUUAGCUCAUUUAUUUUUUUAUCUGCAUACAGAUAUUUUGGAAUUAAAGGAUAUAAGUUCCCACAAUUUUUUUUUUUCAAAACACAGUUUACAUAUUUUUGCCAAUAUAGAUACUAAACAUUGUGCAGGUAUAUCAAAAAGUGACGUUGAGCCUCUUAAAAUAGUAUCUCUAAAUUCAAGUAAGUCUAACGUUAAAUGCUACACACAUUGCUGGAUAUGGAGUAACUCAAUUCAGUACUCAGUUCUAUAGUCUGAAAUAGCUACAUGAGUCUUAUCAAUGGAAGCCAUAGAUGGCAGCUUGCCAGGACUUCCAGUGAAGAGAUUUAGUCUGUCAUAAAUGUGUUUGUUUUUGAUAUUUCAGGGUUCUAUAUUCCCUCAAUUAAUGGCAGAAUACAGUGGUGAGUUUGUGAAUCUGUCAAAAGUUUUUGAAACCUUUGAAAGUAUCCAUAACCCUGCAAUAUUGUGGCCUAUAACUGAUUUGAGCUUCAUCUAAUCUCUAUUAGUAGAUAAAGAGGUUCAGGUAAAAUAAUACAUGAAUUUUUGUCAUGUGUCAUGCUUUUUGGACCAUUCACUUUUUGUUGGGGAUGGUAUGUGAAGCUUUAGGUAUAAUAAUUGCAUCUUAUUUACCAUUAGUAACUUCAAAUAAAUGUUUCUGGCUCCUCUUGACUAGUCCUGCAUAUCCCGCUUGGCAGUAGCGCAACCCAUUUCUUUUUACAACCUAGUCCUUUUUAUAUCCAGCUCAGGUAUAAAGCCAGCCAGUUACAACCUAUCCUGACAUAGGUUAAACUGAGAGGCUCCAGUGAUGUUAGGGGUCACCAAUGUUACUGACUUAGUGGGGUCAGGAAGUCCAGAAGAGAUUCCAGCUGCAGGGCUAUUUGUGGUCAACCACUUUGGGGUCAGGCAAAGUGGGAGGGCCAUUUUCAGUGAGAAAGUUGGGGGUGAGGGCUGGUUUUAGGGCAACAGAGGAAGGGUGCCCAUUGCUAUGAAAGUCUUAAGGGUUGUAUAGGAGGGAUGUUGACCGUUUGGCUGGUUGGUGGGAAAGUUGGGAAGAAGUCAUGAUGGGUUAAUGAUGGAAAGGGCUUGGAGCUACAAGAAUACAAGGGAAACCUUGUAUUUAGUUCUUGUUUGUGUCAGAUUGAGAUAGAAUUGAGAGGAUCAAGUGGUGGGGUGGGAAUGCUAUUGAUCUUUAAAGAUACUCAGCUUGGCUAGGGAUUUUGCUUCUGAAAUGAUGGAGUACGAAUGCUUGGGCCAUAAGGGCAAGGCAGGAAACUUACUGGUGUAACCAUCCUGCCCAAUAGAGUUUCUACCUGCUUUUCUGUGCUUGGGGUCGGUGUUGGGUUUUGCUCACCUGUUGUGCUGGGAGGUUUCAGUCUACGUGCACUAUUGGCUAGGAGAGCUCAGGAAUUCAUGACUUACAUAAAGACCAUAGGUCAAGUUUGUCACACAUAGGAAUACACACAUUAGACUUCGUAUUUCCCUUGGAGCAGUUUCAUGAAAGGCAUAUGGAGGGUAUCAGCCUUUUCCAUAGUCCUAUUACUUCCUGGUCCAAUUGAUUGCGACCCAACUCUUUAAAAUGAAAGAUCCCAUUCAGAUACUCGCUGAUGUCUAAUGGAUCCAAAUGCUUUUUAGCAGAUGCUUGCACAGCCUCUCAGUCAUCUGCCGAGCAAUUUCAUCUUGUUUGGCCACUAGCACUAAGAGGUUUUCUUGGCACUUUUAAUUGCUCUCAACCAAUCUUUUUCUAUUACCUGAUCUUGGAAGACACCUUUACUUAGGGGCUUCAGGAGAAAAUGGCAGUAAAAAUCCUUGGCGCACUGGUAUGAAAUGAAUCUGACUAGGCACAAGUGCAAACUAAAUUCAGGCCUACACUGUGGGAACAAGGUUCAAUUCUCUUCAUUGAAUGAUUAGGAUACUUUCCCGCUUUCUUAAUAAGACUGGGAAAUUCCAUUUUAGCAAAGUAAUAACAUGUAGAUCUGCUUGGCCAUGGUGAUCACUUUGCCCUGGAUUUUACUGAUCAUAUCACUCAGGUUUUCCAGAGAUGACUUCAUGGGCAGAGUAACGUGACUGUGAUAAUGUCUGCAUAUAUCAUCCAGAGAUGUCUUUUGAUCAGUGAACCUCAGUGAAAUACAAACAGGCUGCUCUCUAGAAUGAGUUCUGUUCUUCACCGGUUUCAUCCAUGCCUUUCCUAGUACUUUUAGCGAAGCUGAUGAGGGUAUGCUCAGUGCAAUCUGGGAACUCAUCAGCACCACACUGUGAGAGAGUAUGAUACUACAGCCUUGAAAGAAGUUCUGGUUGAGCCUUCCAUUGCGGAUGAAGAAUCCAGUUGUUUUGGACAAUAAUAUUGUUUCCUUUCUGGAACAAGGUUAUAGUGACAUAAUUAUUAGAAGACAACUACAUUGUUCCCAUGAAGAGGCAGAUUAUCUGGACCUGAGCUUGCGAUAGAGGUGACGUUACUCUAGUGGAUUAUCUUUGUAAGGUCUUCAGUUGGGGAAGUACACUCCUGGUACUUUUAGACCUCCCAGUGGAUACCAUCAAACACAAUAGUCUAAACUAUCUGCAAGGGUUGGAGGUUGGAAGCAGUGCUCAGUGGUUUCAUUACUUCUUUAGAUAGCAACCCAGUCUGUUCUGUAGGAGGAAAAAGAGGUCAACUUGGUUUCAUUUCAUUUGGGGACUCUUCUGGAUUCAGCCUUGCCCCAAGUAUUGCAUUGGCUAAACUCUAAACUUCCAGGCACAAUUCAAAGUGCUGUUGAGAUCCUGCUUCUUUGGUUUCAUUUCAGUUGGUGCUUAAAAAAAAUAAGCUCCUGCAAAGAGCAUUUUGGUCACUGAGGAUUGCAUCUAAUUUUGAAUGUUGUUAAUGGAUUUUAAGGUUGUGUUUGCCAGUAGUUGGUUGUUAUUUAAUGUUGUUACUUUUUCCUAAUUUAAACUAUCGUUACUGUGAAUACUUCAAUAUUGAGUGUGUUAUUUUAUUAAUCACUAGCUGUCUCAACAGAUUACUGCAGAAUCUAAGUUCAAUGAAUAAAGAUACGAAACAUUAAA